AUGGCCGCGUUGGAUUCGCCUUUGAUCUCUGUGCGGGUCGUGAACGUGGACUGGUACCUCUCCGAGGAGAGCAAGCUGCCCGUGGUGCGCAUUUUCGGGUCUACGCCUGCAGGGCAAAGGUCAUGCCUUCAUCUUCACGGGGCAUUGCCCUAUUUCAUGGUGAGGCCAAUGGAGGAAGAAAGCUCCGCUAUUUGCGCUCAGUUUGAAGACCCCGGCAGUUUGAACGCCCUACUUCCCCAGCUGGAACAAGCGCUGGAAUCGGCCAUGGCGUCUUCGUCCGGUGGGCCUGGCGCCCCCUCACUAUCUCCUGCGGGGGGGGCGGGACGGGGCGGGCGACCGUGGGGGCGGAAUCGACAACCGGUGCUUGCGCGGCUAGAGGUCGUCCGAGGCGUGCCUUUCUACGGCUAUCAUGGCGAGGAGAAAUUGUUCGUGAAGGUGUACGUGAACAACCCGGCACUGACCGGCAAGGUGGCCUCCGUUCUGCAGGCUGGACACGUGCUAUCCACGCGCUUUCAACCGUUCGAGUCUCAUGUGCCCUUCUUGCUUCAGGUGUUCAUCGACUACAACAUCUCCGGCAUGAGCUACGUGCAUCUUCGAAACGCUCUCUUUCUGCAGCCGUUGCCCGAGCUCUCGAGCGUAACGUCGUCGUCUCAGGAGCCUUCUCCGAACAGCAUCGGCUUAAACGACAACGACGAGUCGCCAUUAACCGGGAUAUUCACUUCGGCUACAGUACCGGAAAGUCUUGUGGCGAACCCCGUGGGCCAGGGCGAUGCGUGGCGUUCUCCCGCUGGUGUGCCCGGUUGUGAGUGGGCAGGAGGUAAAACAGCUGAUGGUGCCGCAAGGACAGCGACAGCACGAGGGCUUGAGCCUGUAACCCUGCGAGGCGACACUGAUGAGGCUGCUCAAGACCUGUUGGCGGGGAUCAGCAUGUCGCAGCUGUUUUCUCAGCCGUCUAUCGCACCGAAGGUAGCACCCUCCCGCCCGCCCAAAGAAGGGCCCGCGCCUAGAGCGACUGCUACGUCUUCGCCCGGCAAGACACGUGCUGGCCAAGGAGGUGCCACUGGGGACCGUCCCAGGCCCAAGUGGUGGGAACGCCAAACCACAACGGAGCUAGAAGUCGUGGGAAUCAUCGACGACGUGAUUAACCCAAGCCUCCUGGCUGCUGGGAGGGCGGAGGCCGCAGACGGGAAGCCAAUGGCCGUGGCAAGCCUGCGCGAGCUGUGGGACGAAGAGAAGGAGCGCUCGCGGGUGGCAGGCGGGGGGUCGCAGCUCUCGGCCCCGCCGGGUCUCGAGCUCGCCGACAGUCAGGAUGUCUGGGAACCUCCAGAUUUGCUGCUGACGCAACACGUGAGGGACGAAGCUGAAGGCCUUGCUCGUAACGUCUUGCGAAGGGCGACACCUGCCCGAGACUCUGGGGUUUUUCCGAAGGAGGAGAGUUCGGAACCUCGUUCUCAAGCGUCCGCCAGCGGGAACGAUUUAGACGAGCGAUCAGGCGAAGUCGAGCUGACGCCUUCGCGAGACGGUUUAUUGUCCCAGGCUUCAGGAACGGAUGAAGCAAACACAACUGCACCGGUCGCGGAUGUGUCCUGCUCUCCGGCUAACUACUUGCCCUCGCUGGGCGGUAUAUGCGAUCAUGAUGUGGACCAAGGGCUGCUCGAUAUGAUUGCCGCGUUGAGAGGGUCUCAGCAAAGCCAGAGCCAGGGAGUCGAUCGCGAGUCGCUUUCGUCGCCACCGGCAGGGCAGCAGUACACCCGGUCGCCGUCAGGUCCCCUGUCACAAAGGCCCGCUUUCACCCCUGAAUCUUCCGCAGAUCAAGCAGAGGCGGUGGCAGCAACGCAGAAAAAACAGGAGCUGGAUGAACAAGAACUAGGCAGCCGGAUAGCGUUGGCGGCACAGUCCGAGCGACACUACGACUCGGACGGGUCAGACGACUACCUGGAACCCGCGCGGGCCGCGGCUGUCAAUGUGUCCAUCUCCUCGGCCACCGGCAACCCAAGCGCGGCCAUCCCUGUGCCCGGCGCUGCUGGUAUGCAAACACCGGUUUUGGCAGACCCUCCCCCCUGGUCGUCGUCCCAACGGGCCGCCAGCUACCCGCCAUGGUCUCAGCACCGCGCGGGGCCGGAGCCGGUCAGAGCGUCAACGUUGCCAUUCUGGUCGCAGAGGAGCACCGAGGUGGCUAGCGCCGGCAUCUCGGGAAGGCUGGCUGGCAGAGAUAGGCACGGCGGUGGUAAGAUGGACGGGAACCACCUCGAGCAAGGAGAGGAGGAAAUGGACGAGGAGGAUGAAAGAGCGGAGGAUGGAGUUGAGAGAAUGCUAUCUCAACUAUCUGCUAGGAGCCUGGACGACGUUAAAGACAGCGUGCAGGCAGAGAUCGAUCGAGAAAGGAGAGCACCAAUCGACCCAAGAAUGUCGCCUUACGACCCCCUCUUGACAUCACGAGCGCAAGGCACUGAGCCCAGAUCCCAAAGCGAGCUGGUAGACAUCAUAUGUUCCCAGGUGGAGGUCGAGCAAGACCAGAAUGCACAGAGUUCGACAGUUUUGGCAGAUCACUCGAUGGACGCCAUCAUGGAGGAGGAGGAAGAGGAGGAGGACGAGGAGGAUGGUGGGGGGGGGUGCGCGAUGAGGACUGAGCCUCCACGAAAUAGAGGCGACGUUGACCACAGGUGGACGCGAGGGCCAACCCAGCUCCGGUACGACGACGAAGUAGAGGGAAACCAGGAGGGUACAGAGAGAGGGCGGGUGGACAUGGAGGAGGAGGAGGAGGAGGAGGGGGAGGAGGAGGAGGACGGUGUGAGGGACUCGGACACGAAAGGCCCCCUCAGGCUGCGUGGUGGCGUCGGACUGCCCCGCACCAAGCCCAAACCUGCCCGGCCCUCGCGAGCAGCAACGGCACCGGAACCAUCGAGCAGUUCUGCCUCGCUCCCGGGCGCCAGCAGCAGUAGUCCGCGGAAUGACCCGGACAUGCGGAGUGACGAUCCGCCAGCCGGCAGCAAGCGACCAGCACCAGCAUCUGGUGCCCUCCCUAAGCGACGAGCACCGCUCCGGGUACCUGUUGGCAUUCGACGCUCGUCUUCGAUGCCGGGAGUUGUUGGUGGCUUCAAGCCCCCGAGGCUGCUCUCCACGGCGGCGGCCAACCUUCCUACAGUUGAUGAGGCUGGCAAUGCUAGUCGUUAUGGCGGAGGCGGCGGUGGCUCUUGUGGUAUUAGUGGUGAUGAUAGUAUGUGUGGUGGUGAUAACGGCGAUAAAUCUCCUGGUUUUGUUCACCGCGAGCCGCGGAAAGAUAACCCUGCCGCCGCUGGAGGAACUGACUCUGCUGAUGGGGACGGAAGCUCCGACACUCAGGAAGAGGAUUCGAACAAGGACGAACGAUCGCAGGUGGUGGUGCCUGGGUGGGGAUCGCAGGGCCAUCAUCCAGUCGAGUACUCAGAAAAUCAACUGAGCUUCGUUCCCAUUGCCCAGCUCCGAGUAUCCCCAAAAUCGACCCGGGGAAUGGGCGCGAGAACGGACAAUGAUGUAUCGGACACCGAAAGAGUUGAAGCGGCAAGAAAGAAACAGAAGGUUCUCGGAAAGGAAGGGUACAACCGCGGUGAUGGGACGGAAAGCGCCGCCGCCAGAGUUUCAGAGGCGCCGGCUGAAAAGCACGGCGGAGGUGAUAUUGGCGUGGAGCCCGACUCAGCAAAGGGCAAACCCCGUAGCGCCAGCCCGCCACCGCCACCGGAAAACCCCACCCGAAAGGAAAAACCUCCGCUCUAUGUUGGCACCAGCGGCGAAGCCACGCCAACCCCAGCGUUGGGUCCUCCGAGAUCUGAAGCUACUGGCGGGCAACCUGGUCAGAACACCGACAAUGCGCGAGCUUCUCCGGACGGAAGUAGCGGUGCGGGGGACAGCGGCGUGGACGGUAGGUGGCGAGGCGCCGACGCACGGUUACGCCUCGCGCAGACGCGAGGGACCCCGUCGCCUUCUUCGCAUCAGGCGCGAACGGACAACAGCAAUGGUGGAAGAAGAGGCAGAAACGAGAAUGCGGCCGCUAGAGGGUCGGAAUUCUCGCCUUGUUCACCCCUGGCGCCGUUGGCAUUGCACCAAGAACCGGGGACGUCUUCGGAGAAUGAUGCUGAUCAGCCCCAUGUUGGCACGAACCACGCAAGGGGGUCAGCGAGGAGCUCGACGCCGCGGGAGGGUCGUACUCCGACGCAGGACCCACCGGGAACCCCUUUGCGUCGACAGGGACUGGCCAACAGACACAUAGCAGCCGACAGCGUACUCAGAGCUCCGGAAAUGGCACCACGGUGCGACAACCCUACCGGGCUUUCUUGCACUCCGGCUGCGGCCGUCGCUUCUGUGUUUCCGACCCCGACACCUCCACCACCACCGCUCGCUAUGUACACGGCAGGCCGUUCGCCCACCACCCCGCUGUCGGCCCCAAGCGACAGUUCCGACGUCCCUCCGCUCGGCCAACCUAGCCCCGGAUUGCCGAUCACGGCAGCGAGGGGGGCUGAUGCUGCUGCGUCCGAUACGCCUUUGUCGGAUGCGUGGAGCAGCGGAGUACAGCGGACCGGUUGCAACAACAGCGGGACGGAGGAAAGCCCGGCCCCGAAUCCAGGAGAAGCUUUCUUUCUAACAUCUGGGAGCGGGUCGGCCGCGUCGCCGGCCAGGGAGAGGUUCCCGGGUUUUACUCCCCCAACGCCAAGGCAGCGCGGGGUCGGGGGACGGGAAUCGGGAACGGUGGUGCUCAGACCCCCCGAGACGGCGCCGGACCCGAAGACGUGUGCAGCCGCGCUGUCGCGCCUUGGUGUUCCUCAGGUGUUGCAUACCGAGCCUUACUACAGCCGCAAGGACGACGUCCCGGAGCGUCCGCGGGAGUUUGCUGGAAACGUGUUUCGGAUUCAGCACAAGGACAACCUCAAGGCGUUCGAUACCCUCCAAUCACGCGAGAUCCUCCACGCGCACCAACAGGCGGAGGCGGCGACCGCCACGCCAACCUCUCCAAGACAUCGCCACGCUGGGCGCAGCGUUGCGUCUUCGUGUUCCUCCUACACGCCCCGCUCUCACCUUCCCGAUAGCGAGCCCGGAAACCGAGCCGUGGGUGGUGGGAGCGAUCUCGGCGCCGACGGCGGACUUGCUAUGUCGCCGUCCCCCGAUCAUCGGGUGACAGGGACGGGUGGGUUCUCGGGGGAGAGUUACGAGGGCGGCGGUGGUGGUAGUUCGGGAGCCCUUUCGUUGGCGGGCGGUGACGCCGGGCAACAAGAGCCCAUCGCCUUGCGCGGCAUCGACGAAUGGAAGGAGGCAGCGGCGAUGUUCGGAGGGCCGGCCAGGAGAAAAAGCCGCCACGUUAGCCAAGGCCCGGGCAGAACGGUGGAGCUCGUCCCAUCUAUCUCGCCACCGCCUUACAAGGCUGUUGCGGCUUGGGGUCGGGCGAACCCGAGCUCGACCCGCAGCGCUCGCGUGGUGGACGACUUGGACAAGCCGGUAUUGAGGUCCACGAGAAACGCCCUCGGCGUGCUCGCCGGAGGGGGCGAGGCUGAUCUAGCCGGCGAUGACGGCUCUGGAGACAUGUCUAUGGUUGCGGACCCCAAUACGGGACAGCUCGUACCCGUACCCGUACCCGCCGCGCGCCCGCCGCCGCCGCCGCCGCCGACGACGCGUGCCGCGGCCGCACUCCGGCCGCCACCCGGCCCAGGAGAUGUAGGAAGCGGUGACGCGCGACGACUGAAGUCCCUUGUCUCCUCGACCCCAGAAGCUCUGCGAACUCCUGAAAGCGUGCCAUCCGGGGAUGCGGUCGAGCCACGCCAGAGCGACCAUAUCACCCCGGAAUGUCGAGUCCGGCCCGCCAAGCAAUCCACCCAGGGACCCCACCGCCCCACCACCAAGAGCCAGAUUUCGCCCGCCACGCUAACACCGUCAUCCUGUCUCUCGGAGGAGGAAAAAGGAGGAAGGUUCGCGUUCGGCCUUGGUGCAGCAGCAGCUGCCGCGGGCCGUGGGCCGGCACCCGCCGCCGCCGCCGCCGCCGCCACCACCGCUGAGGCGGCCUCCCCGGCGAUCGGGAGCCAGGCGAGCGGCAUCGGCCUAAGCGGCGGAAUCCUGGGGCGCGGCCGAACCGGCGACGAACCCGCCGCCGCAGGGCGAGGCGAUCGUCUGACGGUGCUGUCGCUGGAGCUCCACGUGCAGGUGCCGGCCAGCCGGCGGCCGGACCCUCGCCGGGACUGUGUGCACGCCGUGUGCUGGAGGGUGAAGGACGCGUUCACCUCCGCGGAGCGCGAGGCGGUGGAGACGAGGUCGGGGGUUAUCGUGCUCCCCCUCGCGGCGCGCGGAGUGGCGGCGACCUCUGCUGCUGCCGGAAGCGGCGGGGGCGACCGCAACGGAGGAGACUCCGCCGACGGGAGCAGAAAGGAAGAGGCCUGCCUUAAGUGCGGCGAACAGAGAGACGAUGUUAACAGGGCGUUCUGCUGCUUCGAAGGCGGAGGGUUUCUGGGGCAAGGGAUUGCGAGCGGUGGUGGGACGGAAGUGGAGACGGGAAGGGCCACGCUCCGUCACGGCUUGGGGAGGGACGUAGAGGUGCUGGAGGUUUGCAGCGAGGAGCAGGUGUUUCGAGCUCUGGUCGGCGUCUUCUGUCGGCACGACCCGGACUUCGUGGUGGGGUGGGAGGUUCAGGGUGACUCUCUGGGAUACGUAGUCGAGCGGGGUUUGAACAUGGAACCCUCCAUGGACAUGACCCGCCUGCUGUCUAGGACUCCCGGGCGAGACGCCGACAAGCGGAACGCCCGCGACGAGUGGGGGAAGACACACGGCUCUGGCAUCUGGCUGACCGGCCGCACGGUGCUCAACAUGUGGCGCCUCAUGCGCUCCGAGCUCAAGCUGUGCUCGUACACGCUUCAGAGCGUUGCAGAACACGUCUUGCGAAAGCGCAUCCCGUCUUUCAGCCUCCAGCUUCGGUCUCGCUGGUUUGCCGGGCGGAACGUGGCGGCUAGGUCUCGCGCGCUCGCGGACCCCCUCGGCCGGGCAACGGCAUGCCUCUCGAUCAUGGACAAGCUCGACCUGCUGGGACGCACGUCGGAGAUGGCGAGGCUGUUCGGGAUCGACUUUUUCAGCGUGCUAUCCAGGGGGUCUCAGUACCGCGUCGAGGCGGUAAUGCUCAGAGUGCUCAAGCCGCACAACUUUGUCGCCGUGAGCCCAUCGCGGCUGCAGGUCGCCGGCCAAGCGGCGAUGGAAAGCAUCCCCCUAGUUUUCGAGCCGCGGAGCCGCUUCUACACGUCUCCCGUAGUCGUUUUGGAUUUCCAGUCCCUCUACCCGUCCAUGAUGAUCGCCUACAACCUGUGCUACACGACAAUUCUGGGAAAGUUUGACCCCAAGACCGGCGGAACUUCGGGGAACCUCGGAGCCUUACCGUACCCGGAGUCGAACACGUCCGCGGCCCUCGAGAGGGCGGCCGAGGCGCACCAGGCCUGGGGCAAGCGCGACGGGCGGUCCAACGACCAUCACCAGCAGCAGCAGCAGCAGCGUCGUCGUCGUCGCAACAGCAGGAGGAGUCCUCUCGCCACUGGCAGAGGGGGUUCACAGCAGCCGCCGCUGUCGCACUUGUCCCCCGUAGACGAGGAGGAAACCCCGACGAGUGCGGCGGGGAUGGCGGAAAGGUCGCCGGCGUCUUCUGCGACGCACCCGGCAAUGGAGACUCCGGCAGGACCGCCGCCGCCGCCGCUGCCGCCGGGAUCAUCACCACAGCCGGAGGAUGAUGCCAAGCAAGGCGAUACCCAAGGCUCUACACCCAGCGAUGACCACGGAGGGGAAGGGUUUUCACCUCGAUCGCGGGGCAAGGAGGGGAUGCCAGGGUGGGAUCCCCGGUGCAUACACCUGGCGCCGAAUACGGCGGGGUUCUGCCACCCGUCCCUGAGGCAGGGGAUCCUGCCCCUCAUGCUGAGGGAGAUCCUGGAGACCCGGGUGAUGAUCAAGGGGGCCAUGAGGAGGGCCGAGGGAGCCGGUCAGAGGGUGCUGGCGCGCACGCUGAACGCUCGGCAGUUCGCCCUCAAGAUGAUCUCGAACGUCACGUACGGGUACACGGCGGCAGGCUUCAGCGGCAGAAUGCCCAUGGCGGAGCUGGCCGACGCGAUAGUGGAGAGCGGGAGGCAGACGCUAAUCGCGGCUGCAAGGACGGUGGACAACCACAAGACCUGGCAGGCGUCUGUGGUGUAUGGGGACACCGACUCGCUGUUCAUCGAGCUCAAGGGCCGCAGCCUCGAGGAUGCUCACCGCAUCGGCAAGGAGAUGGCCACCACGGUGUCCAAGUCUUGCCCCCCGGACGUCGUGCUCAAGUUCGAGAAGGUGUACCUGCCGUGCAUCUUGGCCUCAAAAAAGCGGUACGUGGGGCACAUGUACGAGUCUCCGAAGGACUUAAGGCCGAGCUUCGACGCCAAGCAUGCGACGAAGUCGUACGGCGCAGAAGUCAUACUUCAGCAAGAAGCAAAGGGUAUCGAGACAGUGCGGCGGGACGGCUGCCCCCUGCUGGUGAAGAUGCUUGAGAAGGUGCUCCGGUUGCUCUUCACGACCAAGGACCUCAGCCAGGUGAAGGGCUACCUGUAUCGCCAGUGGACGCGCAUCCUCACUGAUCGUGCUGCAGUGGGAGACUUCAUCUUCGCCAAGGAGGUCCGACUGGGUACGUACGCAAGCGACGUGUACAUGCCUCCCUCCGCUAUCGUGGCCAGCAAGGCCAUGGCGAACGACCCUCGCGCGGAGCCCAAGUACUGCGAGCGCAUUCCGUACGUGGUCGUCGCAGGGCCCGUAGGAGCUCGGCUUAUGGAUCUGGUGGUGUCCCCUGAGCAGUUCCUCGCCGAGGGCAGCGGCCUCCGCCUCAACGGCAAGUACUACAUAACCAAGGUCAUCAACCCGGCUCUGGACAGGGCCCUCGCCCUGCUCGGAGUAGACGUUAACGCCUGGUACAACGACAUGCCGCGCCCGGCCCCCAGGGUAUCCCACAAGGCCAAGAAGCCGGCCGAUGCGUUCGGCGGUGGUGGCAAGGACAACGGGAAGGCGAGCGUGAUCACGAACUUCUUCAUCAGCGACCGGUGCUCGCUGUGCGGGGAGCAGUGCACGAGGUCCGUCUGCGGGAAGUGCGCCAGGGACCCCGCCGCGAACUGCGCCGCCUUUUCUCGGCUGCGCGAGUCGGACCUGGCGGCGCUGCAGCUGCUGGAGGUGUGUCGGCAGUGCACGGGCCACCCUUCCCCGGAGCUGUUCGGGAACGACUCGUGCGGCUCUCUGGAGUGUCCAGUAUUCUUCGAGAGACACCGCGCAUUGCUCAAGGGUCAGGACGCGCGUGAGCUGUGCGAAGCGCUGGGCCUGCUCUCUGAUUGACUGUACAUAUUUAUUUUUUAUUCUUUAUUUAUUUCACACAGACAGAAAGCGAAUCCAUCUCUAUCCUCGGAUGAUGAGUGUCCAGGACAAAGUAUGUAUUUUUUAUUUGUGUGGUCGCUGGCAUCCAGAGUUUUGAUGAGACGACGUCACCAGUUCGUGUACAGUUGGUAGGAGAUUUUUGGUAUCCGUGUACGUUUGUUGCAUGUUGUUUGAUCAUCCGGUUUUAGACAUUUUUAAGAGGAGAAAAACCCAAAGCAAAGAGAAAAAGGAGACAUAUUCAGAGUAGCACCACGAAGCCCAUGGAAUGAACAAUGGCUCCGGGUGGGGUCAUCACACCCAGAUGAGAUCUCAAAACGUUGUGCAGUUUAAUAACACUUCCGCAAACGCCACGCCGUGCUCUUGGGUGGCAAGUAAGUGAUGAAGGUCGUCAGACGCUUAUUUUUGUCCACCAUGCAUGGCGUACCUGCUGCACUUGUUGGGACCUACAGUCAGGGUCGGGUUUACACAUGGAGCCGUUAUUAUACCGGAAGCGGGUCAUUCAGAAGAGGAGCGCGAAUUGAUCCCUCCGAGUAACAGGAAGUAGUGCCGGAAAAACAGACGGGGGAUGUUAUCUCGAACGGGGUGUUAUUUCUUUGAUUUCUUGGAUCUAUUUAGAUAUACUUGUAAAGAACGGUUGACUAACGUGUCCAGCUACGGCCUGGCGUCCGUUUCGUCGCCCGGGCGGGGGAGCCGCAGUUCAUCGUGAGGUGUACAAAUUGAACGAUUAUACCGUGGCUUCGUUAAUGGGGGAUCCAUGUGGAAAUAUGGUUGUGCUUUUUGUGCUCGAGCAAGAAGUACGUUGUCCAUUCUUCUCGUCGUGCUUUUGGUGGCGGUGUCAUUGUUGGGGUUAGGUCUCCGUGGGGGGUAAUGGCGAGAGAGCGGCGGGACCUGCUGAUGACUUGCUAUUGGGGGACCUCUAGAGGAUUUGUGUGACGGGUG